UUGAAACAUAACCUUAUAUUUAUGUAAAAUUAAAUAAUUUUCAUCAAUUUUUUUUUAGAAAUAAUGGCAUUGCAGAGACAAGGACUUAACUUAUUACGUAGAAUAUCAAUUCAUGGCACGACGUUCACAAACAGAACAGAUGUAAGGAGUUACAAAAGAUGGGUUGCUCCAACUCUAAAGGAGUUAAAUAUUAGGACAAAGAAGAUUGGUGAUACUGGAGAAGUUAAACCAACACCAAGAUCCAGCUUCCUAGAAUGGAAUUAUGAUGCUGAAGUGUUUGCAUUUGGCAAAAGGUUGGGUGAAGAGUUCAAUCAGGAUCUGCUCAGGAAAGCCUUGAUGCACAAAUCCUAUGUUAAUUUACAAGAAUUGCAAGGAAAUGCUGUUCAAUCAGAUGGAAAUACUGAUUUAAUAAAGAAAGGUGAAGACAUUAUUUCUAAAUACAUCCAAUUAGAAUUGUCAAAGAAAUAUCCAGAUGUUAUUGUCCAGGCGAUACACAAUUAUCUAACAGAUGACAACAUGCUGAGCCAUGUUGGAGUUCACAUUGGUUUGAAAGACAUCAUUCUCACACCAGAAUACCCACCUGAAACUGCAACCAUCGCUAACACGUUUAAAGCUGUUGUCGCUGCGUUAGAAGAAUCGAGUAGCUUGGAGAAUUGCGAGAAAUUCGUUAAAGAUUUCGUUUUGGCGCAACUGAAUGGUAAAGAAGUCUUCGAUAUUUGGGAACCGGAACAACCCUACAAGUACCUGAAAGGCAUCAAAUCUGACAUCGAGCCUAGGUUGUGCAACCAGUCAGCUGCCAAGACCAUCCUCGCCAAUUACCAAGUAGGCAUUUACUCUAAUAAACAAUUGCUAGGAUUAGGUUGGGGUGAGUCCGUCGACGUUGCCAAGGACAUGGCGGCGCUAAACGUAAUUCAGAAGAUAUACAAUAUCAAAUAGUUAUUUUUUUUUAUU